UCGUUCAUUUCGACUGACACUUACCCUCUUGGACCCGUCACGAUCUUGAUUUCAGUUCGAACAUUGCGGGUGCUGCCACCUUAACUAAGCUUAUCGGAUACUAAACCUUGAAUAUACUUCAAGAUGAUCGAUCCACCCGCCGAGAUGAUCGACUUCUUCAAUACCCUCAAGACGAAGCCGCUGCCCGUGCCCACGACUACUCCGACGUCGGUGGCCCCCGUGCCCACCGUCCUCCCGGGCCAUAAUGCCAUUUUCCAGGAAUUGUCCAAGACCAGCCAACGGACAUUAUGGGUUGUCGUAGUGCUCAUGGCCAUAUCAUCUGUCGUCUUCUACAUCCUCGCCUCCCGAGCGCCCUUGACCAAGCGAGUCAUCCAUAACCUAAUCGCCAUCUCCACCACAAUCUCCUUCAUCGUCUAUCUCGCCCUCGCAACCGGUGAAGGCAUAACCUACAAGCAUGACAUCCUGACAGUCCACAACAAGCACGUCCCCAACACCCAUCAUGAUGUCUACCGUCAGGUCCUCUGGCUGCGGUACCUCAACUGGUUCCUGACAAACCCCCUGGCCCUCAUCAACCUUGCCCUUCUGUCUGGCCUCCCGGGCGCCCAUCUCCUCGUCGCCAUCGUCGCCGACUGGGUGAUGCUCGGCACCGGCAUCCUAGGCACCUAUGCCGGCCACACUCCCCGUAGAUGGGUUUGGUUCACGAUCAGCGCUAUCGCCUACCUCACGACUGUGUAUCAUGUUGGUGUGAACGGGGGCCGCGCGGCGGUGAACAAGGACGCCCAGACGAAGAGAUUCUUCGGUACAGUUUCGGGCGUGUCGCUUCUGAUCAAGGCUUUGUUCCCUGUGGCCAUCGCUGCCGGCGCCCUAGCUCUCAAAAUCAACAUCGACGCCGAGACCAUCAUCUUCGCUAUCCAUGAUAUCUUCCUGCAGGGUAUUAUCGGCUACUGGCUGAUCUUCGCGCAUGAUGCGGCACCUGGAAUUACCCUCUUGGUUGACGGUUUCUGGGCCCAUGGACACGGUAACGAGGGUGCCAUUCGCAUCACGGAAGAGGAGGGCGCCUAAAGCAAUGCGACAUGAUCUGACACAAGCACAUUCAGAUUCGAGUUUGGACGAGAAGGUCAUGUUUCGUGAAUACCUUACAAAAAAGGUACAGUUGGAGAAAGUGGGAUGACGUCAUACUGAGGUUGCACGGUCUGAGAUUGGACGAAUGGCGGAAAAGUGGAUUCGUUGACGCUCGUUACAUUCGCUGUUCUUUCGGGUUAUUGUACAGAAUCUGGGUCUGGUUCUCUCUUUACACUGAGUCGGCGUUGUUGAUCUGCGUGUGAAAGUGAUGGGAUAGGCUAUAAUAAUUUUAAUACAUGAACAGGUCCUCUGAUAUU